AUGCCAGAUUGGCCCGCUAACACAGUUCCUUCUACCCAAGACUCCUCAAUGCAGCAAUCUACCACCGGUCAAUCAUCAAAUGAUGAUCAGCCAGACCAACCGCCAGACGAAGUUCGCAUGCGAGAAGAGCGAGCAAAGCAAGCAGAAAUCCUUCGGGAAGAACUUGCCCUGGCUCGCAAAGAGCAAGCAUUUGUUGCCCAAAGACGUAUGAAUCUCGAACUGUUAGAUAUGCUGAAACGCCCCGCCAAACUAAAAUCUAAACCGUCGGCGAAAGGCAUCGGCCUCUACACGCAUAUCGAAGGCGUUAGUAAGCCCCCAAUGUUGACUCACGAAAGGCCUGCAAAGGGCGAGCCUGAAUUUCUACCCAUUGGCGGCCCAAAAAUAGUGAUCAGAAAUGGUCCAAGAAGCUCUGCGCUAGACGACGAUGUGGCAAGGCUGUGGAAUGAGGUUCAGAGGGUUGUGAGAACGGAAGAAGCCUUCUGCAAACAAAACGAAUCAAGUCCUGAUGAGUUGAACCAGCGAUAUGCUGCAUUGGAGGUCCCAGAUCCCACCCCGCAAGCACAUAUCGAGAGGCCGACACAAGAAACCCAGGUGCAGCAGCAAGACGUUGAAAUGCAAGAUGAUAUGAUGUUGCAAGAAGGAAACUCAGGGCCCGCUCUCAGCGGUGUUAGUAGUACUACAAUCCCGACUGCGAACAUUUAUGAACCUAGCCGAGAUCCAAGAUUACAGCGACGUUGA